AUGGCUUCAUCGCAGUCAAGAAGCGGCGGUGAGCGGAUGAUCCAUCAGGAUUACAUUGCGAGGAUAAGAUAUUCCAAUGCGCUUCCUCCGCCUCCCAACCCGCCCAAGCUGCUCGACAUCCCGAAUACAGGGCUAGCAAGCGGCCAGUACACGACGCCCGGCUUCGCGUCUCGUCUUGCGCGAGAGCAACCUCUCAACAUCGAAGCUGAUGCAGAGCUUGGGAUGCCCCUAGACCUCGUGGGCAUGCCGGGCGUCUUUGAUGGUGACGAAAGCUCUAUACAAGCUCCUGCCCAAGCGCCGCCCAUCCACCCCCACGACCGCCUCCUCCUCCGGCCCCUUUCAACACUUGGAAAGCCCAAGAGCGGCGACACCGCCGUGUCGUUCCUGCGACGAACCGAGUACAUUUCCUCGGUGCAGGUACAGGCGAGGCCUAAACCGGCCGAUGCCAUGUUCCUGAAGCCAUCGUCAGGCAACGCUCUGAAACGUCCAGAAAAGCGAAAGAUGUCUCCGGAACCAGACAAAGGCACGCCUGCUUGGAUAAAACGGCGCAUCGAGAAAAGCUUCGAGGUGGCCGCCGCUAAUCUUGCAGAUCGCAGUCGGGUCAGGCACCCUUCAAAGCGAAACGUCAAGAUCGUUGAUGCUUUUCCAGUCCUUCCAGACCUAGAAGCGUUCCCCGACUCUGGCGCCUAUGUAACAGUCAAGUUCAGCACGAAUCCAGUCAACUCGAGCGACACCUACGACACGCGGCUGCUCUCGGGCAUCUUCAAGCCAAUCGAGCGCACCGCAGCCGAGGAGCAACUGUACGAGGCAGCAAAGGCGGCGUGGGAGCGCGACCCGAGCUUGCCCAAGCCCUCACAAAUGAUGAAUUAUGACCUCUUCCUCCCUGCCGACACCCGGACUGGAGAGAACUUCCGAGCCAGAUUUGACGUGGACAAUCCUGACCGUGACAGCGGGUCGCUGUACACGAGCAGCGAGAGUGGCGGUAGCUUUCGGUUCCCGCGGGUACGCGCAUACGAAACGGCGCAGGAAAAGGAGAUGGACCACGACAACAAGUACGACGAGGAAGUCAUCCUCGCCUUCCGCGACGACGAGACCGAGACCAAGGGCCGCCACGACGACAGCGCGCAAAAGGCUGUUUAUUACUAUCCAGUCAUGCAGCGUACCACGAUCCGCAACCAGCGCACCAAAAACAUUGCGCGCACCAUUGGCAUCGCGGAUGAGGAGGAAAGCCACCUAGAUGAGCUUCACGUACAGAUUGACGACCCCAGCGAGGAGCUCAAGGCUGAGCUGCAGCGGUAUAAACAGCAACCGGUCGGGGACCUGCCAGAUGAGGAUGAGGAGCAGGAAGAAGAGGAUGAGGAAGAGCAGCGGGCGGGUGGUGAUCGGCGGCCGCCAAGCGACCGGGCCUCUGCUAGUCCGGCACCGAACGGGGGGCGAGCAGUUCAGGAGGGGCGAACGCAAUCUGAAGAUGACCAGGAUGCCGAGGGAGACGAGGAUGAAUAA